AAAAAGAAAAUUAGGAAGAGCUGGAGUAACGAAGAAGAAAUAAAAUAAAGUUUCAAUCUUUAUUUAGUUUUCUUCUGCAAAACCAUUCGCAAUUUCCACAAAACCCUCUCCUUCAGUCUCUAGUGAAACCAAUUUUCCGGCGAUCUAAUUUCCGAUGUCGAUCUUCGAGUAUAAUGGAGGUGCUAUAAUCGCAAUGGUGGGGAAGAACUGCUUCGCCAUCGCCUCCGAUCGCCGCCUCGGCGUUCAGCUCCAGACAAUCGCAACCGACUUCAAGAAGAUUUACAGAGUCAGCGAUAGGCUCUUCCUCGGCCUCUCCGGCCUCGCCACCGAUGCUCAGACUCUGUUUCAGAGGCUUAUGUUUAAGCACAAGCUGUACCAGCUGAGGGAAGAGAGGGAUAUGAAGCCUGAGACUUUUGCUAGUCUCGUCUCGGCUAUUCUCUACGAGAAAAGGUUCGGUCCAUACUUCAUUCAGCCUGUGAUUGCUGGAUUGGGAGAUGAAGACAAGCCGUUCAUCUGUACUAUGGAUUCAAUCGGAGCCAAGGAACUGGCGAAGGAUUUUGUUGUUGCUGGCACUGCAUCAGAGUCCCUUUAUGGUGCUUGUGAGGCAAUGUUCAAGCCUGACAUGGAACCUGAGGAAUUAUUUGAGACUGUAUCUCAAGCACUUCUAUCAUCAGUGGAUCGAGACUGUUUGAGUGGAUGGGGUGGCCAUAUCUAUGUUGUGACACCAACCGAGGUGAAGGAGAGGAUCUUGAAGGGACGGAUGGAUUGAUGCUUCAUGGAUGUAUUGAAUCCAUUCCUCCUCAUGUUUGUGUCUUUGACUUCAAUGGGCAGCUAUAAGCUCUUGUGGUGAUUCAAGGCUCUAUGUUCUGUGUUGACCAAACUAUGUAAUUUUAUCAUAUUAGAUUUUCACUUGAGGAAUUGUUGGGAAGUAAUUCAGAUGUGCUUUUUAGUUAUACAAUCAGUACGGUCUUAAAUGUUUCUUAUUGAGAAUGCACAUUUAUCCAGAUAUAUUUGCUUCUCUGAUA